UGACGUAGUUAGAGGACAAGAGGGAAGGGACCCAAGGAAAUCAGAGGACCAUCCAAUGGAGAAAAGACCCAAAUAUGACCAUAGAAAAAACAGAAGCAGUGAGACACAUAGACAAAUACAACGACAACAGACGUGGAGAAUAAAGAACAGAGAAAUAGAUUGGUCAGGAAUUGAGUACAACGUCAAAGAAGAAGAUUAUGAGUGGUUGUGUGGACGUUAUAUUGGUACUACCCAUUCUAUGGAAAUUGUUCCAAAUCUACAAGAAAAGUUUUACAUGGAAGGUUAUUUCUCGUAUCACCUCUGAUUGGAUAAGGGUAAAUGCAGAGACGACUGUUUGGAUCGGGAAUUAAUUAAAAGCAAUGAGCUUGAACUUCCACCAACGCAGGCCAUUCUUUUUGCCUCUCUUGUGAAUACAGUUCCGCUACUUCU